ACUUGUUUCAGUAGAAGAAAAACCCUAGAAGAAAAGGAAACGUGAUAUCGCUUUAAACACUUCCAAGCAGGUCUUCUCUCUGUAAACCCUAAAGAAGUACCAACCAUGGAGGCUGCUAGAACUGUGAAGGAUGUUUCCCCACAUGACUUCGUCAAGCAUUAUUCAGCUCAUCUUAAGCGAUCUGGAAAGAUGGAGCUUCCCCAUUGGACUGACAUUGUCAAGACUGCAAAAUUCAAGGAGCUUGCUCCAUAUGAUGCAGACUGGUACUACAUCAGAGCUGCUUCUAUGGCCAGGAAGAUCUACUUGAGGCAAGGACUUGGAGUUGGUGGUUUCAAGAAAAUCUAUGGUGGGCGCAAGAGGAAUGGAAGUCGUCCACCCCAUUUCUGCAAGAGCAGUGGUUCAAUUGGUCGUCAUAUUCUGCAACAACUACAGGCCAUGAACAUCGUUGAAGUUGACCCAAAAGGAGGGAGGAUUAUCACAUCCAGUGGCCGAAGGGAUCUUGAUCAAGUUGCAGGACGCAUUGUAGUUGCUGCCCAAGUUUAAUUUGAUAACGAUAAAUUACAGUCAUGUUUUGAAGAAUUUCGAAGUUCUCGUUUUAGUAUUUUAUUUUUGUUGGAACAACGGAUAGAUGUUUAGAGUAUGUUAGCGUUCUUUUUCCUAUACUGAGAUAUUUGUUGUGUUUGUUAUUUAGAGAUUCUGUGAUUUUUGCAGUACCUGAAUGUCUGAAACCAAACUUGUUUCUUCUAUUAGAGUUUCAGUACCUCCCAAGAAGGGGAAGAUUUUUCUUUCACAA